CACCGCCAUUUUCCUUGUUGUAGGUGCCUCAAAUGUCAUAAUAAUUUUAAUUUCCUAAGAAAAUUAUUAAUUUUCUUUAAUUAUUUAGUUUAUUUAUUGUAUUAAUUCAACCCGUUAACUUUGUAUUUAUGAGUUCUUAUAUUAUUUAUUAAAUAUAGUCUUGUGUCGCGGUGCUGUGUCAUUGAUGUUAGAUGAGCAUUCGUUUCAAGGAUUCUCGAUGUAGAUUUUCAACAAUAAGUGUCGUCCGCGUAAAUGUUAGCGAGUGUCGUACGCCUACGUGAAGUUAAUGCAUUGAUGUGAUGAUAAUUCGUCGAAUGGGAAGUGUUUGAGAGCAAAAUUGAUGGGACAAUGAGCGAGUCGCCAGGCGUGGAGUGGUUGCCUGCGUACAGCCCAGGGCCGCCGCGCCACAGCCCCCUGGGCCCCAUUCCGCGCUUCUUAUACGAAGAUGUGCAGCCGCUGGCGCUCCAGCAGGAGAACAACAACAAGGAGGAGCAGAAAGAGAACACGAAUAAGAUAAAACACGCAAAGCCUGCGUACAGUUACGCGAGCAUGAUAAGAUUAGCAAUCAGCAGCUCUCCCAACGGCAAGAUGACUCUCAAUGAGAUAUACACGUACAUAUGCAACGCCUUCGCCUAUUACAAGGAGGCCGGCAAGGGGUGGAUGAAUUCGAUAAGGCACAACCUGUCGCUGAACAAGUGUUUCAUGAAGGUGGCGCGGAGUAAAGACGACCCCGGCAAGGGCUCCUACUGGGCGAUGGACAACAGCUACAAAAUGGCGGAGGUCACGCCGCGCCGGCGCAGGAGUUUGCGGAUGGCACCGUACAGUCCGGAGUGCAGCUCGAACAGCAGCGGGGAGGCAGGCGCGGCGCUGGCGGGUGCGGAGGCGGCACCCACGCCUCCCGCCACGCCCACCACACCCACCACGCCCACGACCCCGACCUCGCCCACUGUGCUACAGGUCAAGGAGGAGCCGGUGGUCAAAGAGGAACCAGGGUCAAAACAUACGGACGACGCACUGACGGCACUUAUGAACGAAGAACUCAUGGCUGAUGUCGAUAUUAUUAGAGGCGGCGCGGGGUCGUGGAGCGCGCGCGUGCGGCGCCACGUGUGCGGCGCGCGGGGCCACGCCGCGCUCACCGACGACUACGGCAACUUCCUCGUGCAGCGCCUCGACGACUGCGACUGCCCCGCCGACGACGACGACGAGCCGCCGCGCGCCGCGCCCGCGCCCGCGCCCUACUGGCACCACGACACAUUAUAACACCGCCAGCCGCACUGCUGACCGCCGGGCGCAGGCUUGUGUGGCUCGAGGGACAUGUGUUCCCGAACGCGCCGGGAGAGAUGAUACCUGCACGCGUUCACGUCUCAUGCGAUGUUAAUGUUUCAUUUCGAGCGAUUUUUUUUGAAUCAAUUUUAAUGUCGACGCCAUCUAGCGAGACUCGAUGGAACGACUGUUACCAACUUGUAUAAAUGUGAAUUGUUGAAUUUUUCACGUUGACGAUUUGGUCUACACGUUGGUUCCUUUUGAACCAACUUUCUAUACUAUUGCGGUUGUUGACAAUUUGACAAACAUUCGCCUCGGUUUUCCGACAGUGGUUUUGUUACUCAAGUGGAACUCGGCUCGAAACAUAUGACGAGAAUCAAUAACAUAUCUGCCAAUAUUAUUAAUACGUGGAAAUCUAUGAUAUAGGCUAGACGUAGACACCCUAGGGUGAAAUAUUCAUUUGUUAUACACAGGGUGAUGCGAAAUGUGGACGGACCGACAACUGAUACGGGGUGUUACUUAAAUAAAACCAGUAAAAACGACCAUUGAUAACCCAAAUAGAUCAAUAAAAAAAUUAUUUAUUAACCAUAUUAUAGAUUAAAUAUGCCUCCAAAAGUUAAUAGUACAAUACAUGUUAUGUCAAUUGUUACGUUCUAGAUCGAAUCCGUCCACAUUUGCCGCCACCCGUACAUAGCGUAACAAACAUAAGGACCACGGGCACAGCGCGGGACACGCGGUCGUGCGAGCGGGGUCGUGUGCCACUUUUAAAAACUACCCACAUUGGUAUAAAAUCAAGGCCUUCAUACUUAAAAAUUGUUUUUAAGCUUUGUGUGCGGCCGCGCAACUAUUUUUAGUAGAAAUGCAUAGUUCUUGCCUUGACAUAGUGUUAAAACGAAAAGUGGCACACAGAUACGUGCACACGGUAUAUUUAGAAAAGUAAAAAAAAAAUAUGAUGCAGUAUUUGGAGCCAGAUUGGUGACGUACAGAUCUCAGAAUGACCAGUAUAUUAUUAAAAUUUAAAUAUAUAUUAUAUAACGCGACAUAUAAUAAGUUAUUAUUAAGCUUAACGAUUUGUUAAUUUUAAUUUUUACGGGGCGACGUCGAGUGGCGGUCGGGCGUGGAUGUGGUCAAAUAAUUCGCAAAGUACAGACUUAAAUUAGAAUAAAUAAAUUAUAGUCGGUAAUGAUUUCUUUUUUAUGGCAGGCUUGGGAAUAAUUAGAUUUUCUGAUGGUAAGUGAACAUGAGUUCAUGAAACCUUUCGCAGCCAGAGCAACUGUGGCUUUGUUCUUGAACUAUUAGGACGAAGAAUAAGGAUUGGCCAAUGUCAAGAAACAGUAGUUGGUCGAUAUUUUUGGACAGCACUGCACUAACUAUCAAUUCUGGUGUAGAAGUGAUAUUCUUAAGUUUAGGUUAAAAAUAUUCUAUGCAGGGUCAUUUGACAUUGUGUUACUAAAUGCAACUAACUACUUGGAAGGCUUGAAAAUAACACUUUACAAUAAGUUACACAAACCAUAGAUGUAAAUAAAAAAUGUAGAUAUUGAACAUAAUAAUAUAAAAAGUAAUUUUAAUUUUAUGCACACUAAUGUCACGUGUACUACUCUAAGAAUCGCAGAAAUGUAGUGAAAUACACUCACACAUACAGAGUGGGGUUUUUGGUGAAAAUAUUCUUUAUUCAUGGAUCACUUGGCACAAUGUUAGCAAAGCUAAAUACGAAUAUGUGGUGUCAUUUACUAACGCAAUGUCAAAAUGACUAUAUUUCGUGAGAGUUAUUUAAUUUUCCACAGUGGACAUUACCACCGGUUUCCACUCGACGCCGUCCGCAAAUAUGAGUUAGUUAUUACGAAUUUAUAAUUUAACGAGACGUAAUGUAAAUUUUCGCACUAUAUACGUAAACGUUGCUUUUAUAUAAAUAUAAAUUAAAUUGAAAAAAAAAAAAGUUUAUCCAGGCCUACGUUUAGGUUCUGCUUGGCUAGAUAUUAUAUUAUUUUAUUAAGGUUAUAAUUUCGUGCCAUAUAAGUUUGGGUGCGAUGGCAUGCGUACAGUUAGGUGGUAACCCCCCCAUAUCUUAUUGAGAAUGUGUUCAGAAAGAUAAACAAUUUUUAGGAGUUGUAUGUAUACAUAUAUAGAUUUAGCGCGUGUAUAUACUAACGUACUAUAGUGGAGAUGUCUGCGUGGACGGUAUGUAAUGUCAUUUAUACAUUUGUACGACGCCACAACGCUUGUAGUUGUAGUCGGGCGGUACUCGCGCGGGGUGCUUCACUACAGUCCUGUAGGCGCCAGCAGUGAGCGGCUGCUUUCUGUUAUUGGUGUUGACGUUCUGUGAAGGAACGAUUCAUUUGGUAUCUAAUUUGUCACGAUAUGAGCUGAUUGGAAAAUAAUUACGAACCUAUAUUUAGAUCUUGAAUUUUCUCACAUUGAGAAAGUUCUGGAAAAAAUCCUGAAAUAGAAUGAAUAUGUCGUGCGAGUACUGACUGCUGUUACGCCGUGGCUGGUGUGCCGCGGACGGGAACCGAACUGGCGUCUCGCGAGGGACGUUCCGUUCGACCAAACAUCGGAUAUACUAAAUUACAUUCCUUUUUAGACGUGUUUAUUUGUUUGUAUGUAUGUAUUGUAGUAUUUAUAAGAAAUCGCUUCGUUUGGUCCUACGCGGCUGGUUGUGGAACUGGUUAGAAUAUGUUGUUUGGAAAAAUAAAAUAAUUACAUAGAAUAUUGUGUAAUAUAUAUACGGUCCAUUAAAAAAAAAUAAGAAAUUCAUAAACAAAUAAUAAUUAAACAUAUUAAAACUAGUUCCACACAUCAACACUAUAUAUAAAUGUUCAAAAUCACCAGAGAAACAAAAAUAUAUUAUAUCAGUGUAUAAUUUUACCAUCGAAAGUGAACAUUUUAUUAUUUUCAUGAGAGAAUGACAUCAGAAUAUAAUGUAUUAAAUUUUAUUUUAAUAAUUCUUACUGUUGAGUGGGAUUUAUAUAUUUUUUGUAUAGCCGAAAACUUAUUUUCAUCUGUAUUAAUAUGUAUGUUUUUUUAGUAUUUUUUUUAAGUAUUUAAACAAAUUAACAUAAUUAUAUUUCGUUUGUAACGUGGUGCAUAACAUAAGUUGCCAUCUUUUAUUCUUUUUAUAUUUUUUUCUGUGAUAAAAGAAAAACUUUAUUUUUUUGGAAAAUGACAAUGGAUACGAUAUGUACUUCAUAUAUAUUUUUUUCUUGGACGUGUCAAAUAUUUAACGGUUUUAACGGGUUGACAGAAUGAUGAACUAGGGUUGGCAAUAUUGGGAACUGUUCAACAAUUUACGCACGCUUCACGUACCUUUCCUGACCUAAGGAAACGAAUGGGCAUACCAAAUAUAUCAGCAGCCCUAGAAUGUGGAUUACAAACACGACACAAUGGUCCAUGUCGUUUAACCGUUGAUUGUGAUAGGUUGAGAGACUGGCGCGUGAAUCACGUGCUAGUGUGUCGACCAAUCAGAAUGUAACGACACGGCCUGUCGUCUCGUGUUUUUUGCAACAUUCAAAGGAGGCAAAGCGGUCUGAUAUCACACCGUCUUGAUCUGUGUUGGCCAGUUAUACCUUUUAAUUUUCUCAAAAUACGGGAUGGUGUGGCAAAUUACCUGAAUUAUGAGUUCAUGAUAAUGUGUUGAAAUAGUCAUUUGGAUGUACGUGGUCAAUUUAGAAACAAAGUUCCUGAUAUUAUCGACUUACAUACUUAAAUGCGAUGCGACGCUGCCAAUAUUAUUAUGACAGGUUUGUUCAAUAUAUUGAACUGAACGUCAUAAUGCUGUUGGCUUACACGCACCGAAUUGUAUUCAGAGUUUUUGAUAAAUGUACACUGGAUAAUUUUUAUAUGUAUAUAUUGUGAAUAGUUGCAGUGAUCUAUUUGACACGUCCGCUUGCGUCAGUGUGGACUAAUUUGACUGCGUGGCGUUUCACCAAUCCGAGUAUGGUGGGAAAAUUUGCUUGGAACGAUGAAAACUGAUAAUUUAGUUAAAGAAAAAUACUUUGCUUUUAAUUAUUUCCAAUUGGCUGAUUGUGCAAUAUUUAUUUUAUCGUAAAUAGUAGUAAGAUUUUACGUAAUCCAAAUUUACGGCCAACAUGAGCCAAGAUACAUUGCAAAAUUUUGGAUCUAAGAGGGCAAGAGACAACCUUAUAAUGAUAACAAAAUAGUUAUCCCUGGAUAUUAUUAUUCAUUGGAUAUUUAUUAUUAAAUUUCCGAAUCAACACGAUUCUACGCGCCAAAGGCUAAUAAAAGUGGAGUAUUUCCGGUUUUUGUAUGGAAGUGAUUGGUGCAUUAUGUUGUCAGUAUUAUCUACUCAUAUAACUAUUUAUUAGACUGACAUCAAGUACUGUUGCUCCAAACGAGAGAACUAUUUAAAUAUAUUAUGCUGGAUGUUUCAGGUAGGUUUAAGGUAGGUUGUCUCUUAUGCAGUAAUAAGUUAUCGCGCGAUUUAAUCACCACAGUUCUGCUGAAUAUUGUAUGGGCCAAUUUGAUUUACGAACGCUUAGAGUUAGAAGUCAGUUCCCUGCUACAAUGGGGUCGGUGAAACGCCCGCGGCUCGCUCAGUGUAUAACCAAGACAUAACGUGUAACAUAAUCUUAAGUUGUUUCGGUUUACUCACUCCGCCUACGAUGAUAUUACGCGGCGCAACGGAAAUCAAAUAUUUUAUAUGAACUGUAAUCGAGUUAGCCGUUUACUUUAAGUGUAGGAUGUUCUACCUCUAAACAAAUUAUAGUUGAUGUACAAUAUAAACUUUUAACAUAUA